CCUUUCAAACCAGCCAAAGCUCGUAAUUGAUUGUCCAUUUUCAAUUCCAAGCUUAGUAUUGUAGCCCUUUUCAAUAUACCCCAAACCCCCCUUACUUGCCCGUUGCUAUACCCUCAACCCAGCCCAUCAUCCACGCUGAGUCUCAAUGUCAGGAAACAACAUCAAAGUCGUUUGCCGCUUUAGACCGCAGAAUUCCCUUGAAAUAAGGGAAGGCGGUGUACCCAUCGUUGAGAUCACAGAUGGUGUAGCCGUUCAACUCAAGGGCAGGGAAGCUCAAGACUCGUUUGCCUUUGAUAAGGUCUUUGGCAUGGAAACCGAGCAGCAAGAAAUUUUUGAGUAUUCUAUCAAGUCCAUUGUCGAUGAUGUUGUUGCUGGUUACAAUGGAACUGUCUUUGCCUAUGGCCAGACUGGAUCUGGUAAAACCUUCACCAUGAUGGGAUCCGAUAUCGAUGAUGAGCGAUCAAAGGGUAUCAUUCCUCGUAUUGUCGAGCAAAUAUUCCAGAGUAUUAUGAUGGCACCUGCAAACAUGGAGUUUACUGUUAAAGUAUCAUAUAUGGAAAUCUAUAUGGAGAAAGUUCGUGAUUUGCUCAAUCCCUCUCAAGACAACCUCCCAAUUCAUGAAGAUAAGGCCAAGGGUGUCUACGUCAAGGGACUUUUGGAAGUAUAUGUUGCAUCCACUGAAGAAGUGUUUGAAGUCAUGCGUCGCGGCGGCAAUGCAAGAGUCGUUGCUUAUACCAACAUGAACGCUGAAAGUUCUAGAUCGCAUUCAAUUGUUCAAAUCACCAUCACUCAGAAGAACUUGGACACAGGUGCUGCUAAAUCUGGUAAAUUGUACUUGGUAGAUUUGGCUGGUUCAGAAAAGGUCGGAAAGACAGGUGCUUCGGGACAAACUCUUGAAGAGGCAAAGAAGAUCAAUAAAUCCUUGACUGCUCUGGGUAUGGUUAUCAACAACCUAACGGAUGGAAAAUCAAGCCAUAUUCCUUAUCGCGACAGUAAACUUACGAGAAUUCUGCAAGAAUCACUUGGAGGAAAUUCCAGAACAACUCUUAUCAUCAAUUGCUCGCCUUCGUCGUACAAUGAACAAGAGACCAUCGGGACACUGCGGUUCGGUAUUCGAGCCAAGACAAUCAAGAACAAGGCUAAGGUCAAUGCGGAUUUGUCUCCUGCUGAACUCAAGGCUCUUCUUAAGAAAGUCAAGUCUGAAGCAGUCACCUACCAACAAUAUAUUACUGCCCUUGAAGGUGAGGUCAUCAUCUGGCGCCAAGGUGGCCAGGUACCCGAGUCCAGCUGGGCCACCAUGGAAAAGGCCACCAAAGGCAACUUGCCGCAAGUUGCCUCACCACAGCAAACGACUGCCACCGCUUUUAAACCCCUCGUGGAAGACUCUAGACCUGCCACACCGGCAUUGGUAUUAGAAAAGGAUGAAAGAGAGGAAUUUUUGCGACGAGAAAAUGAGCUUAUGGAUCAGAUUGCCGAAAAGGAAACUGAGCUGGCCAAUGGUGAAAAACUUGUUGAAACAAUCACAGAAGAGCUCACUUUCUUGAAGGAUCAAGAAAAGAACCUCACAGCUGAGAACCAGGCUAUGUCGACGGAACUCAGUGAUGUCAAGCUUCAGCUGCAAAAGAUAGAGUAUGAAAGUAAAGAGAGUGCCAUCAACGUAGAGUCACUCAAGGAAACAAACCAAGAUCUUCAUACUGAGCUUGAGGAAUUGAAGAAGAGCUUGGAAGCGGUUCGAUCUGCCCAGAAAGUGAAUGUUGACGAAGAAAAGAUGAAGCGAAAGGCUGACAAGAUGGCUGAGAUGAUGGCCGGCUUUGAUCCAUCUGGCGAGAUUUCAGAAAAGGAAAAGCAAAUCCGCGAUGCACUGUACAAAUUCGAUUUAGAAAAGUCUAAUGGUCCUAUGACCAUGGAGGACAUUGCUCAACUUCGACAGGAACUCGCCGAAUCUAAAUCCAUGCUGGAAGCACAUGAGAACUUGAUAAAAACUCUCAAUGAAGAUAAAGAAGGUCUGGAAACCAAGCGCAGCGAUCUUGAGACAAGACUGACUACUUUGGAGAUGGAAUAUGAAGAAUUGUUGGAUAAGACCAUUGCCGAAGAAGAGGAAGCAUUCAAUCGCAACACUGAUAUUGCAGAGACCAUUUCGGAGUUGAAGGUCAAGCUCGAACACCAGUAUGCAGCCAAGAAAGAGCUACAACACAAGGAAAUCGAGGAGCUUAAGAAAGAAGUAGAACGAAAGAACGAGGAAUAUCAAAAGCUGAGCUCAGCCAUGUCCGACCUCAAGAGAGCCAAUGAAGAUUUGCAGUCUGCUAUUGCAAGCAAGCCCAGCUCCACCGGAAACAUGAGCGAAAAGGAAAAGGAUUUGGAGAGAAUGAGAAAAUCCAUGGCUCAGCAACUGGCUGACUUUGAAGUCAUGAAGAAGGCCCUGAUGCGAGACCUUCAAAACCGAUGUGAAAAAGUGGUGGAAUUAGAAAUCUCUCUUGAUGAAACAAGAGAGCAAUACAAUAACGCUUUGCGGGCAAGUAACAACAAGGCCCAACAAAAGAAAAUGGCUUUCUUGGAGCGAAAUCUCGAGCAGCUCACUAAUGUACAAAAGCAGUUGGUUGAACAAAACUCUUCGCUCAAGAAGGAGGUGGCCUUGGCCGAGCCAAAACCAAAAGUUCGAAGCUCAGCUUCAAGCGGUUCGUGAGCGACUUGAACAAGCUCGAUCUCAAAAGAGCCAAACAUCCAUGGCAGCCUUGAACUUUGGCCGUAUUGCCAAACCAUUGCGUGGAGGAGGUGCUGUGGCUGACAGGUAAUUUUCCUU